CAUUCUUCGUUAUUCAAUCUCUCUCCCUUCUCUGCGCUAUAUCUCAGCGAAUUCUCCACGCAAUCUCACCGUCGACCCAACUCCGGAACAAUUCCAUCAAAAUCUGCUUUUAGUAAACCCUAACCUUCCAUGUUUUAAUCAAUUUCUUUUUCGCGCUUUAUAUGAAGAUUUUAGAAUUUUGUUUUCAUUGCGAUUAUUUGUGAUUCGGAUUAGAUUGGGUGCUUCCUGCUUCCUGUGUCUUCGAUUCCCUUUUCAGUUGAUUACCCCCUUAAUUUAGCUUUAACUUUGUUGGGGCGAUGGAUUGGCUUGAUUUGGGUUAGGGUUUUGUCGAUUAGGGAUCUGCUUGUUCGGAUGUGAUCUGGGCUUUUUGUUAUUAAUUCCUAGUUGUGUGUAAUUGUUCAUCGGGGUGAGAAUUAAACGGGUCUAUGAUCAAAUUUUGAGGUAUCUGGAUCCUUCGUCGGCCAAAUUUCCUUAUGCUGCCUGAUUUGCAGCUUUGUUUUAGUUUCGCUUCGAAUUUUGCAUCGUCGAUGGUAACCGCUUUGAACUUGCUUCUAUUUUGAUGGAACAUUUUCAUCGUUCAGGAUAGGCAGGCGUCCUAGCAUUUAUACACAAAUCUAAUUGAAUAAGAUGUUAUUUCAUCUCUGGAAAAGAGGUCUAAUAGUUACUAGGACAAUCACAUGGUCGAUCUUAUUAUAAUUUAAUCCUAUGUUUUUCAGCCAACUCUUCUAGUGUAUGUUAUUGCUCUUGCAUAUCUGCCCCUUGUUGCCCUUGAUGCCCGCCUUUUUAUUUUUUAAAUUUUCUGGUGGAGGGGGAAGGAGGGUAGGGGGGUUAAGGGGCGUUUCCUUUUGAAUCCAGAGGAUGUCAGUAAGAAUCUUCCUUCUUAUGAGAGUGGUUUUGUCGGUUUGCACACAUAUGCUUAACUUCAUGGUGAGGAAAGUUGUUUGUUGGUUUUGCACGUGUUCUUACAUUGUUGCUGGUUUUAGUUUUGUUAACACUUUCUUGGCUGGGUUGGAUGGUUGGGUAUUAGAAAGAAAAUUAACUGGGAUUUGUAUGUUGCUAUAUUUGUAUGUUUGAUUUGGAAUUUCAGUUUUUGCUAUUGAUGUUUGUUUGAAUGGGCAUCUUACUUAUAAUGGAAACAUCCAUGGUUGUUGAAAUACUUCCUUUUUCUUUAUGAUUGUUUUUUCAAACUUGAGAUCAUGUAUUUAUAACCGGCAAAUUUCUUUUACACUGCAUAAAUGCAGGUCAAGGACUUGUACAGCCCUUGGGGUCCUGGAGAAGUUGCUAAUAGUUUUAGUCAAGGGUGUAUUCCACCAAUUACUACUACAGUUACCGUUCUUUGCUUUCAAUUUGUAGACCUGUGAUUUUGCUUUAAUAAAGCCAGAGUAAGCAUUCUGUAGAUUUGAAUUGGUAGCACAAAUAGAGAUUGAGAAGCCUCCUGUAGGAAAUAUAUAAGAGCUGCUUCUCUUGUGAUUUACCUAGUGUUCAAGAUGGCUGGUGUGAAACGAAGAAUUCAUAAUGAUUCAGAUAUCAUUGCUUUGCAUAAAGAAUUGGAUGAAGUCUCCUGCCCUAUCUGCAUGGACCACCCACAUAAUGCUGUUCUUCUACUUUGCAGCUCACACAAUAAGGGUUGCAAACCUUAUAUAUGUGACACAAGCCAUAGGCACUCAAAUUGCUUUGACCAAUUCAAAAAAUUAAGAGAAGAAACUAGGAAGAGUCCACGCUUAUCAAGUCCUUUACCUAUAAAUCCAUAUAGUUUUAGUAAUUCUCCUGCAAACAACCUGGGUUUGAGCAUUGACUUGAAUGAAGUUGAUGAAAAUCAAAAUUUAAAUGAAAGGAACAAUGUUGCAUCAGCUGGAUUACCUGUAGUUUUAGGGGAAAAUGGAACUGAAAACUCUAAUAGAACUCUAGACACAAAUGAGGCUGGAGAUUUGGACACUGCUGGUUCUGGGUCCAUUACUGAAAGGGUAGAGCAGGAAGAAUCAGAUGCUGCUGGGAACUCAUCGGAGUACUCAAAUUUGAACUGUCCCAUGUGCCGAGGAGCUGUGCUAGGCUGGGAAGUCAUUGAAGAAGCAAGAGAAUAUCUUAAUCUAAAGAAACGAAGCUGCUCCCGUGAAACUUGCUCAUUCUCUGGUAACUACCAAGAACUGCGCAGGCAUGCUAGAAGAGUUCAUCCAACAUCCCGACCUUCUAUCAUAGAUCCAUCUAGAGAACGGGCGUGGCGGCGCUUGGAGCGCCAGAGAGAAGUUGGUGAUGUUGUCAGUGCUAUCCGCUCGGCUAUGCCGGGUGCCCUUGUGGUUGGAGACUAUGUGAUUGAAAAUGGAGAUGGUAUGGUGGCAGGUGAAAGAGACAAUGGCACAGGUGAUGUCAAUGGGCCAUUGCUGACUAGUUUCUUUCUGUUUCAUAUGUUUGGAUCGGUUGAUGGUGCUCGGGAACCAAGGCCUCGUUCAAGGUCUUGGGUAAGGCAUCGACGCUCCGGAGGAGGAACAACCGGACCAGAGCGCCGGUUCCUCUGGGGUGAAAAUCUCUUGGGACUACAAGAGGAGGAGGACGAGGACUUCCGCAUAUUCAUUGGAAUGGGCGACGAUGCAUCACCACCUUCAAGAAGGCGGCGUGUAACAAGACCUGGAUCUGAUGCAGAUCAACCAUGAUGGGAUUCAUCUUCUGUGGUAAACAUCUAUGUCCUUGGCGUCGAGUCAUGUCGGUCUCAAUACCUAAAAAGGUUAAUUCUUGGCACCACAGGCAGGCAUCCCAGGUUUGAAGCAUCAAGAAACUUGUGCAUCGUCUUGGUGCAAAUGCGGACUCUGCUAGAUAAUUUAGUAACACAGCCUCAGCGCAGGAUGAGAUGAACAAGCAUCAUCUUUUCCAAGCUCCAAGAUGGAAUUCAAAUGAAUCAUAAUCCUUGCUUUUUUUCUAAUUUAUUUGAAUUUAACUUUGUAUUGGAAUGCUCUCUGUCGCUCUCUAAAAUCUUGUACAUAAUUUGGGAUAAUGAUUUCAUUUGUUCAAUUUGUUAUGAUGGUUGUUUUUUAGUGUAUUUUGUCAAGUUGAUAGGCUGCUUAUUUAUUUAUGUGCGUACAGAAUCUUCAGAAUGUAUAUUCGAAGCCAUCUCUGGAUAACCUCCUUAUCCACUUGUUAAA